CUGGGACUCGCUGAGGUCUUACAUAUGAGCAGAGAUGACAAAGAAGAUCCCUCAGAGACCUCCGUAUUUCUGCCAGAUCAGGAUCAUCUAGAGGAAUGUCCAAUAUGUACGGAGAUGUACAACAGCACUACCCAUAAGCAGUCUCUGCUCAACUGUAAUCAUGUCUUUUGUGACAAGUGCAUCAAGACCAUCGUCAACACGGCCAACAGAGCCAAUCUGUGCCGGGUCACAUGUCCCAUCUGCCGCCAAACGACCCCGGUGCUAGAGUGGGAGAUCCAUAGGAUGCAGGAGCAGAUGAUGGACAAUGUUGGGCAUUAUAACCAGCCGGUUCUCAUUACCCCUGAACCGGUCGUCCGGAGGCCCGGGUUGUGUGGCGCUCUAGAAUACCAGUUCCAGAAGAAAUUUCAGACUGAUCAGCGCUUUCUGUUUCCUCCUUGUUUUAAAUACCCGAUUGGCUUCAUUAACCGACUGGGAGGCCUGGAGCGCCGCUGCCGCUGGCUCUACCUCUGUGUCUUGGCUCUGCUUCUCUGUGUGGAGAUCUUGAGCUUUUUCCUCGUGUUUCUUCCCAUUUUGAUCUUUGUAUUGUUUAUUGUGUUUGUUCGGUAAAAUGGACGCUUCCUGUCUUUAGAGAAGAGGGUUUCUCUUUCAGUCGUCUCCCUCGGGUGUGAAACCUUUUUGUACAAUAAUAAAAUCUCACCCC